AUGAAAGUAUGGAACAAACUAGGAGUGAUAAAGACUUUUCUAUCUACAGAUAAUAAAAUGAUUCCCAGUUUACCACUGCAGAUGUCCCUCUAUUUCAACGUUUAUUUUUCCCCAUUUUGGUGGCUCUGCACAGUUGUCAUGCUUUAUCUGAAGUAUCCCAUCUUGUCAGAUGGCUACAAGUUCAUCCUGGUCACAGUCAUGAUUCUGGCCUCUCUAAUAGAGGUCAUUCGACUCUACCUGGGAUACAUGGGCAAUCUGCAGGUGAAGAUCCCUGAGCUGGCUGCGUUUUGGCUCCUGACUCUCCUCCUUCAGUUGCCCAUGAUUAGCUUCUUGCUAUUUAAUGAAGGCCUGAACAUUCAGCCACUGGAACGAGUGGUCAAUAUCAUCUUUGCCCUCUUCCUCACCUCCCAAGCCAUUACAGCAUUUUUCACCCUGAAAAGAAUGGUAAACAAACUGGCAACUCGCUUCCACCUUAAUGCAUUUGACCAGCUGGACGAACAUCCUGUGCCUGGUUUUUACAGCCUGAGCGAAGAAGGAAGAGCAGUUUCCAUGUCCAGGAGGGGCCCCUGCUGA